AUGAUACAGACUAUGCGCUUACUUCAAUCUCUAGGAGACGACUUUCCGCCAUUUUUUGGAGGUCAAAACCAAGAUGCCUUCAACAUACAGCAAAACCUGAUCCUUCAAUAUAGGGAGUGGUGGAGUUGCUUUCGGACAUUGACUGAGCAACUAGCCAAGACCCAAAACUACAUGCCAAAUGCCAAUCGAAAUGAUCCCGAUCAUUUGGAUCGUCAACCGGCUUUUGUGCUAGAGUCGGGUAUUUCCCCAGCUCUGUAUCUGGUGGCGCGAAAAUGCCGACACCCAGUGCUUCGCCGCCGUGCUAUUGCGGCUUUGGGUCAAUGUGCGGGUCAAGAAGGAGGUUGGAAUACUAAGCAACUUUUUGCCAUUGCUAAGCGGAACAUGGAGCUAGAAGAGGCAACUUUGGCCCACUUGCCUAUGGAAAUCCAGAUACCGAAAGAUAGGGAUCGGAUAUACGGUACCUUCGUGAUGGGUGGUCUAAAAUCUCCGGUUGAGGUUAUAUUUCGAUGGCGAGAUUCUGAGAACAACUUACCAAAAGACUAUGCAGAGUUUAUAAAGUGGUGA